AUGUCUCGCUGCUGGCCGUAUCCCCCGCCGGGGUUCCAGAAGAAGCCUCGGGAUCCGUCUCUAAGCAUUCCUAAGGAGACGAGAUCGGAGGGGAAAGAUAAAGAUCGAGACAAGGAUAAGAAAAAGAAGAAGAAGAAGCGGCAUAGGGAAGGGGGCGAGGGGGAAGACAAGGAGGAGCGGAAGCGGCGCAAGGAGGAGAAGAAGCGUUCCAAGGAGUCAAAAGAGCCCAAGGAAACUAGAGAACCCAAGGAUUCUAAGGAAUCAAAGGAAAAGGAGCCUAAGGAGAAGGAUUCUAAGGAGCACCGGAAGCAGUCGUCUGAAGACUCGGCGCGCAAGGAGAAGGAUGGGAACACGGAGAGGGGGGCGGGCGGGGAGAAGGGGAAGGGCGGGGACACGGAUAAGGGGAAGGGCGGGGAGAAAGAGAAGGGUGAGAAAGGGGAGGGUUUGCGUUUGGAGACGUCUCGGAAAGAGGAGAAGAGCAAGGGAGAGAAGGGUGAGGGUUUGGGACUUGAGACGUCUCAAAAGGAGGAGAAGGGCACAGACAAGGGGGAUGACGGUCAGGGUUUGGGGAAAGAUAAGGGUGAGGGUGGGAAGCAGAAGAGUGAAUUGCGGAAAGAGGUGGGAAAGCAGGAGGAGCAACGGGAAAAGGCGAGUGGAGAGGGGAAGGAGGGGAAGGAAGGGAAGGAAGGGAAGGAAGGGAAGGAUGGGAAGGAGGAGAAGGGAAAGGACGAGAAGAGGAAGGAGGAGAGGAAAGAGGGGAAUAAGGAGGAGAGAAGGAAAGAUGAGAAGAAGAAGGAGGAUAAGCAUAAGGAUGAGAAGAGGAAGGAGGAGAGGCACAAAGAGAAGGAGAAACGCAGAGAGGAGAAGCGACGAGACGAGAAGCACAGAGACAAGCAUAAAGGUUUCAAGCCGCCUCUGUUCCAUUGUGCCACUCCCCCCUGUUCCCCCCCUGCUCGCACUGCCACAGACAAGAAGCAGGACCGCAAGGCAGUGCCUCAAGGCAAGGACCGCAAGGCAGUGCCUCAAGGCAUGCCCAACGGGGAGAACGGCAUUCCCCGCGCCCCUGCCCCCCCGGAUACACGUGGCGUUAAUGCAUUGGACACACGUGGCACUAACGCGUUGGAGGCACGUGGCGUUAAUGCAGUAGACUCACGUGGCACCAGCACAGCUGACGCACGUGCUUCCAGCAAGCAGGAAAAGCAGGAUACGCGUGCAUCUCAGCAGCAGCAGGACACACGUCCCUCUGCCACCCUAAACGAACGGAUCUCCAAAUCAACGGACGGUAGCGCUCGGGAUUUGGGCUCAGCACCAGGAGCGUCCAAGCCGCUGCACGGGUCCAUCUCAACCCCUGAUCUCCGGACAGGUCCAGAUCAACGGCUGCGAUCGUCGGACAGCCGGGGGCAACACGAUUCGAAAUCAGAGGACGUGAGACUGGGCAACGGGAGGGGGGAGGUGCGGAGAGAAACUGAGGGGGGCGAUAGGGAUAGGCAGGAUAGGAGAGAGGGGAAGGGACGGCAGGGAGAAGGAGGGCAGGUUUCCGUAGGUGCUGCUGUGAGAGCAGCAUCAGAGCCUUCUAAACCUGGGGGAAAGCCGGGGUUAGAGGAGCUUAGAGAUGCCCAAUCUGCCGUGGAUUUGAGAGGAAUGGGAGCGAAAGGGGCUCCUGCUGCUGCUGCUGCUGCGCCUGCCACUGCUGCAGUGUCCCCAUUAGGUGGAAGCAUCGCAACCACCGUAGCCGCUGCAGCCGCUGCCGCGCCGGGCGUGGGUGGAGUUGGAGAGAAGCGAGCCGGAGUGUCGCCGAGCGAUAAACCUCCUGUGCACGGGGCAGGGAGGCAGAACGGGCGGGUGGGAGACCUGCUGCAGAGCCACAAGCGCAGCCACGGCAGCCAGAGCAGUCAGGGUAAACCUGGUGCGGGACCGAGCGCCUCUGCUGCAGCUGCUGCUGCUGCUGCUCUGAAAGGGGUGGGGCGUUCGGCCAGUGUAGGGGCAGGUGGGGGAGGAGCAGCAGGGGCAGCAGCAGCAGCAGCAGCAGCAGCAGCGACAGCAGCAGGGGCAGUGUCAGGGGCAGGAAGGGGGGCAGCAGGGGCGUCACCCGCAGACAGCAGCAGAAGCGGGGGCGUGUCUGCUGCUGUGUCGGGCAAAUCUCGCAGCAGCAAGCGCCGGCACCACCACAGCAGAAGCACAGCGAGUGGAGGGGCGGGGUUAAGUGGCGGGCCGGGUGUUAGUGACACGUCAGCAGCCGAGGUGCUGUCCCCUCUUAGACCCACAGGCGAGCCGCGAAACGACAUCCGAAUCGAUCCUGGAAACGAACCCCGAAACGAUUCCCGAAAUAAGCUCGAAAACGAUCCCCGGCUGAAAUCCUCUAGUCCAGCUGCCGCCGCCGCCACUGCUGCUGCUGCUGCUCCUGCUCCUGCUGCUGCAGCGGGUGCUGGUGGAACUGCCACUGUAGGAAAAAACGUGCCUGGCACACCAGGGGAGAACGGGUUUCAUAAACAGGCUGAUCGGAGAGGAGUGAAGGAGGGAAGGGAAGGGAAGGAGGGGCGAGAGGGUCAAGACGGUCGGGAGGGGAAGGAAGGGAAGGAGAGAAGGGAGGGGCGGGAGGGAAGGGAGAGGCAGAGGGAGGGGCGUGAGAAGAGGAGGGCGGAGCCCCCAGUGGUGGUGGAUCAGACGUUUCUCGCAUUCGACAACGCCACACACGGGCUUGCUGAGGCGCUGGCUGAGAUGGAAGCCGAAGUGAGCUUCGCCGACUGGUUAUUGCCCGAGCCGGGGGCGGGUGCGAGAGGGGAGGGCGGGGCGGGUGCAAGAGGGGAGGGAGAUGGGGGAGUGAAAGAGGGGCAGAUGGGGGAUAAGGUCAUGGUAGACACCGCAAUGCAAGAGGCUGGGGAGGAGGAGAAAGUGGAGGACGAGGAGGAGGAGGAGGAGGCAGAGGAGGGGGAGGAAGGGGAGAAGAAUGAGAGAGUGGUGUGGGCGAGUCCGAGUUGGGUGCAGCAGCAGCAGAAGGAGCAUGCUGACGAGCUGUGGAGCGAUGGGGUGCAUGACUAUAUUGACCAUGCCAGCACCCUCAUGACCACCUACAAGGACGUCGUUGACUGGAUCAAGUCGAAAUCCGCCUCUCCACCGCCUUCCACCGCACCAACUGCACCUGCAACCUCAUUCAACGCCCCUGCGUUCACCACAUCCCCAUUCGCCUUCUCUCCGACAACAGCAGCAGCUACCACCACUACCACUGCCAACACCACUACCACCAAGACUGCUGGCACCACUGCUGGCACCAUCAGCACCACCACCGCUCCCUUCAUUCCCAUGUUCGGGCCUCUAGGAGUCAACAUGUGGUCUCCUAGACCCGGCGCCCCUCCCCCCUUCCCACCUCCUAGCGGCUUCUUCUCACCUUCCUCCUCCACUCCGCCUGCUGCUGCUCCUGCUGCUGCUGUCGGCACUGCCACCCUUUCGCCUUCCCAGCUGCACCAUCCGCGGCCCCCGCCUUUGGAUUCCCGCUUGCACCCAUUGCUGUCGGAGGCGCAGCAAAAGGUGAGCUUUGAGACGUCUCACAACUUUCUCAGCGGCAGCCAGCCAGCCCCUUCGCCUUCCCAGCUGCACCAUCCACAACCCCUGCCUUUGGCUUCCCUGCAGCAGCACUGCUCGCACCCAUUGCUGUCGGAGGCGCAGCAAAAGGUGAGCUUUGAGACGUCUCACAACUUUCUCAGCGGCAGCCAGCCAGCCCCUUCGCCUUCCCAGCUGCACCAUCCACAACCCCUGCCUUUGGCUUCCCUGCAGCAGCACUGCUCGCACCCAUUGCUGUCGGAGGCGCAGCAAAAGGUGAGCUUUGAGACGUCUCACAACUUUCUCAGCGGCAGCCAGCCAGCCCCUUCGCCUUCCCAGCUGCACCAUCCACAACCCCUGCCUUUGGCUUCCCUGCAGCAGCACUGCUCGCACCCAUUGCUGUCGGUGGCGCAGCAAAAGGUGAGCUUUGAGACGUCUCACAACUUUCUCAGCGGCAGCCAGCCAGCCCCUUCGCCUUCCCAGCUGCACCAUCCACAACCCCUGCCUUUGGCUUCCCUGCAGCAGCACUGCUCGCACCCAUUGCUGUCGGAGGCGCUGCAAAAGUUCCUCGCUCCCUCCCUCCCCCUCUUCCCCCAUUUGCAUCUGUCAGAGGAGGAGGAGGAAGAAGAGCAGGGAUCUGGUAGUCCAUCAGUGAAGGAGAGCAGAGGAGUGAGUGAGAAGUGCUGCCAUUCCCCUUAG